UUUUUUUUCCUUCUCUUUUUUUUUUCUCGUUUUAUCUUUGAAUGGCUUCUCGACGAAAACGUAGUGAUAAUGAUCAAGAGGACUUUCCUGAAAGCUCUCAAAGUGCUAUGAAACGAAAACGUGUUAUUAUAAAUGAUGAAGAUGACUUUAAUAGUGACAACAACAACAACAAUAAUGGCAACGACAAUGACUCUAUUCAUCAAGUAGAAAAUAAUACUUUGGCUUUCGAUCCAACUUUAUCUCCUUUACCUGUAGACAACGAUGGAAGGAUCUAUUGUGAAAAUAGUUUUACGCAACUUUGUGACAUAUGACUAUUGUGAAUGUUACCCAGGUCCACAAUUGAAUAUGAUCAUUGGACCUAACGGAACAGGAAAAUCAACUAUUGUAUGUGCUAUAGCUCUUGGUUUAGGUGGUUCUCCUCAACUUUUAGGGCGUGCCAAAAACAUUGCCGAAUUUGUCAAGACUGGUGAAGAAACAGCAAGUAUUCAAAUAGAACUUAAACAAGUUGGACAACACAACGUGGUCAUUCAGCGUCAUAUCAACAAGGCGAACAAUGCUACUAAUUGGAAACUCAAUGGUCGAUCUUCUACUUACAGUGCAGUUAUGGAAAUCAUUGCCAAAUUAAAUAUUCAAGUGGAUAAUUUAUGUCAGUUUCUUCCUCAAGAUAAGGUGGCCGAAUUUGCACAGUUAACUCCUCCUCUUUUGCUUACUCGUACUCAAAUAGCAGUAGGUGGCAAAGAUUUGGUGACAUGGCAUGAAGAGCUAACUAAAAAUCGAAAUCGACAAAGGGAACUGGAACAGUCUCGUGCAUCUGAUUUGGAACACCUCAAAGGUUUGCAAUCAAGGAACCAAAGUCUAGAAAAGGAUAUUGGUCGUAUCAAGGAACGCGAAAAGAUUGAAAAAGAGAUUUCUUUAAUGAAUGCAAAACUACCAUUAGCUAAGUAUUCGGAUGCAAAAAAUGCGUAUGAUCAAGCAAAAGUGGCAGAACAAGAAGCUAAAACAAAAAAAAUUCAACUUGAACGUGACCUAGAACCAGUACAUAAGGCAUUACAGGAAGCCAAAACAAGUAAUGAACGUGAAAUGCGAGAAAAGAACACUUUAGUGGAAGAAACUAGGGAACUUGCGAAACAACUUCAAAAUGCCAUUGAAGCUAUAUCAAAAUCAAAACAAGAAGUUAAUUUGAAAGAAAUUGCCAUUGAUGGAAGACAGAAGCAAGAACAACGACGAGACGAAGAAAUCAAAAAACUUGAAAAUUAUAUUGCUCAAUUGGAAGAAGCUGUUCGUGUGGAGCCUCCAUCUACUGAUCCUGAACUUGAAAAGGAAAUUAAAGACAUCAUAUCGGAAUUGGACAAUGUUGUAAUCGCUAUGAAGGAAGAUGAACCCAACUUUAGAGAUCUAAUGAAACAGAAGAGUGAAAAGGAAAGACAAUUGGCCGGCAAAAAGCAGGAACUCAAUGCAUUGAAUGAUAUUCAACGAGUUCGAUUGGAUACCUUACAACGACAACAUAGUGAUACUUAUAAGGCAUAUAUGUGGUAUAAGGACAACAAAACUCUCUUUAAAGGCAAAAUCCAUGGUCCCAUACAACUUUGUUUGAAUCUCAAGAACAAACAUUAUGCCAAUCAAGUGGAAACAGCGUUGGGUGGUAGAGAUAGUGCACAUCUUAGGACGUUUGUUUGCGAAUAUCGAGAAGAUUACAAACUAUUUAUGGCUGAAAUGGCAGAUAAACAAAAACUUCGUUUGACUGCUGCUUGGCCUGGUGAUAUCAAUAUACCUUCAUUGAUUCAGACUCCAUUUACAGACGCAGAGUUGAAAGCCAAAUUUGGGUUGGAUCACUUUAUUAUCAAUCUAUUGGAUGGGCCUCCAAUUGUACUCGCUUACCUUUGUCAACAAGCACAUAUCAACUCGUUUCCUGUCAGCUUGAACCAAGUCAAAAUCGAAAAUAUUGUCGAACAAAGUCCAUUUCAACGUUUCGCCAUUGGUGGAAAUAUAUACAGAGUGAAGAAGUAUCGUUAUGGUCGUGGUGGAUUCCAAACAACUGUACGAAGUAUUGUACCUGCUAAAAUACUGACGGAUACAGUUGAUAAGGAGGUUUAUGCACAAAAGGUCAACAGUCUUAAUGAGGUACAAACAACACUGGCAGCUAUUGAUGCAGAACUGGAGAUGCUUUCAACCAAAAAACGUGAAGCAAAUCAAAAACAAGCCGAACUCAAGCAUAAAAGGGAAGAUAAAGUAGCUCUUCGAAGAGAUAUUGUCAAUCAACAUCACAUAUGGGAAGGGAAAAAUAGACGAUUACAACGAACUCGACAGGAACUUGCUGAAAAGUCUAGGGAACCUGCACAAUUAGCACAAGAUAUUGAAGAGCUCAAGUUAGCUAUUGACGCUGAAAUCAGGCGGCGUGCUAACCUAGUUAACAAUUACAGACGGAUAUUGAAGACUUAUGUUAGCAAAGUGAUGGAACGCAACGUCAUCUCUCUGAAGUUACUUUCCUCGCAUGGAAAAUAUGAAGCAAUGAAAAACUUUACAAUGGCCCAAAAAGCAUUGAUGAAUGCCGCAGUGGAAGAACAUCAACAAGCUUUGGCUAACGUCAAUAAAAGCAAAGCAACUGCUCGCAAAUACUUUAAUGAUGCCAAUCAAGCUGGUGCUGAUCUAAUAGAUGAACUGAAAACAGAAUUCGAGAAGAUUUGUGAAGAUUGGCGUGUCAAUGGUUUGGAUCAAUCACAAGAAGAUAUUGAAGAUGCUAUCAAUGGAUUACAAGCUCGAAUGGAUACUAUGAAAUUGGUCAAUCCCUUAGCUAUGACCUCUUAUGAAAAAUUAAUGCGGGAGAUCAAAAAAACAGAAAGUAAGAUAGCCACUGAAAAUCAAGAGUUGGAUACCCUCAGUGAAACCAUUAAUGAAUUACGGCAACGAUGGGAAUCACGUUUGAACGAUCUUGUGUCUCGUAUUAGUGAAAAGUUUUCUGAAGCCUUACAACGUAUUGGAUGUGCUGGUGAAGUAGGAAUUGCUCAAGAUGAAGAUUACUCAAAAUGGGGUAUAGAAAUCCGUGUCAAGUUUAGAGAUAACGAAAAGCUUCAAUUAUUGACAGGUCAACGACAAUCCGGUGGUGAACGUGCGGUCUCAACGAUUCUUUAUUUGAUGUCACUUCAAAACCUAGCACGAGCUCCUUUCCGUGUAGUGGAUGAAAUCAAUCAAGGGAUGGAUCCAAGAAAUGAACGAAUGAUUCAUGAACAAAUUGUGAAAAGUGCAAGUGCACCUGGUACUCCUCAAUACUUUUUGAUUACACCCAAAUUAUUACCUGAUUUGUAUUACAAUGACCGGAUGCGUGUGCUAUGUAUUUACAAUGGUGAAUGGCAACCAGAAAAAAUGAAGUCUGCUAGUGAUUAUCUUCGUAAUGCUAAGGAGACGCUGGCCGCUGCUUAGGGUUCAUAUUUCUAUUCUUUGAUCUUUUUUUUUUUUUGUCAAUCUUUUUUCAAUAAAGC